AUGGGACCAUCCACUCGACCUGAACACCACCUCAACCUCAACUACCUCCCUCAGCUGUCCUCCAACAAAUCGCGCUCCGGCUCGUCCACCGCUUCGACAUCGCCCAUCGAGCCGCCCUCGGGAGGAUCGCUGCGAUUCCCCAUCGGUUCUGGAAGCUCACUGGGAUCCGUCCCAGCGCCGAACCGGCUGGGUUCCGGAUCCCCAUCUCACGAGUUCAGCGGCCGUCUUUUCCCUAAGCGCGCCCGCGAGAUCCAGGCUCAAGAAGGUCUUAACCCCCAACCAUGGGGUCCCCCGACCAGCGGAAACUCCACGCCCCUCCGUGAGACGAUCCCCGAGUCGCCGAACGGGGAAAGCUUCCCCGAUUUCAACCAACCCUUCGGCGCCGAAACCACUCCCAUCGGGUCUGCACCCCAAGUAACAAAGCGAGGACGGGCGGGGACAUUGCCAUCACGAAUCCCAUCGGCCGGUAGCCUUUCGAACAGCUUCCUCUCUCAACCGAGCCUGCUUCCUCGCACGUCGCGACCCACCCCAUCCACCAGCCCGUUCCAGCCCGGAUCCAGCACCCCUUCCGAACCCCUCGGGUUUUCCGCCUCGAUAAACCCCAAUGCGGCCAAACUCGCCCAACUGUCGCGCCUCCGUGCGGAAUCCAUGCCGCAGCGUGGGCUAGGCAACCCCAUCGGUUCGCUGUGGGCCCCGUCCCCCUUCUCUCAAUGGGGCGGUGGCCAAUCCCGACUGAGGGGCAGCACGCUCGCGAGCAUCCGAUCCUCCGAUGGCCCGGCCUCUCCGCAAUCCGCGUUUUCUCGAGACUCGCUUGCGGACACAGAUGUCAAGACCCUCGACUAUCUCGGACUGGUGGAUACCCCUCAACAAAGCCGCGCGACGCUGGCUCCUUCCGAUAUUGAAAUGCUGCUGGAGGGCCAGCGCAACCAUAUCGGUCUGGGCAGCAUCGGAGACAAGAACGCCAAUCGGUUCCGCUCUUAUUCCGUGAACGCCAAAGAAAAAUACGCGGACGAGGAAGAAAUGGGGGCUUAUACUCCUAGCUACGGCAGCGCCCUCAACACGCCCGAUCCCAGCUCCGCUGCCGCGUUUGCAAUCCACGAAGCCGUCCGCCAACACAAUCUCGAAGUCCAAGCGUUCGCCAACUUCGCCAGUCAGAACCGUCCCCGUGCAAGGACCGCUGGCGUCCUAGAUUCCCCGUCCUCACGGUUGAUGCGCUCCUAUAUCCCCACUCCAUCCCGACUCGACUCGAGCAUGACGGCGGCCGAGCUGGAUAUCUCCGAACAUUCGGAGUACGCGGGCCUGGCCGAGGCCGUGCAAGGACUCCAGCUCAACAUGAAGCCGCUGGACAUCCCCGGCGAGGAGCAACUCAGCGCGGAGAGCCCAACGCGCGCGCUGUGGCUGGGCAACAUCCCGUCGUCCACCACGGUGUCGUCGUUGAACGUGAUUUUCGGAAACUUCGGCACCAUCGAGUCGGCGCGCGUCCUGACGCACAAGAACUGCGGGUUCGUCAAUUUCGAGACGUUGGAGAACGCAGUCCGCGCGAAGUCGCAGCUGAACGGGAAGGAAAUCUUCCCCGGUGCGGGCCCGAUCCGGAUCGGAUAUGCCAAAGCGCCGAGUACGUCGGGCACGCCUGGGAAGAAUGGACUCUAUCCUUCCCCGAGCCCAGAUCCGUAUGCGAAAGGCGAGGAUUAUGUUGCCGCUGACACGCUCGCUACUCAAUCUUCUGGGGCUGGCGAGACGGUAUCUGGCGCCCCCAUCACGCCUGCGCUGGUUGACAUCCGAGGCGACAUUGUUAGCAUCGUCAAGGACCUCGGUGCCAAUGACGAGGAGCAAAUGCGCGUUGCCGCGCUCGUCGAGCAUGCGAUCCAGAACGAUCAUUACGUGAGCGAGAUCCCCCCGAUCCCGGAACCGAGCCACAGCCGUGUCCACGACGCCCCGCGCCUGCGCGAGAUCCGCAAGCGGAUCGGCAACAACGCGUGCUCCCAGGUCGAGGUGGAAGAGAUUGCGCUCGCCAUGCUCCCGGAGAUCGCGGAACUGGCCUCCGACUACCUGGGUAACACGGUGGUGCAGCGGCUCUUCGAGUUCUGCUCGGACAGCGUCAAGGAAGCGAUGCUGCGCGAGAUCGCGCCGCACCUCGCAGAGAUCGGCGUGCACAAGAACGGCACCUGGGCGGCGCAGAAGAUCAUCGACGUGGCGCGUACAUCCAACCUGAUGGGCAUGAUCGUCGACUCGCUGCGGACUGCCAGCGUGGCGUUGUUCCUCGACCAGUUUGGGAACUAUGUCAUGCAGGGCUGCUUGCGUUAUCAGACCCCACUGAAUGACUUCAUCUUCGAGGCGAUGGUGAGCCGGCUGUGGGAUCUAGCGCAAGGCCGGUACGGUGCGCGUGCGAUGCGUGCCUGCUUGGAGAGCCACCAUGCCAGCAAGGACCAGCAGCGGAUGGUCGCGGCGGCCAUCGCCGUUCAUAGCGUGCAGCUGGCGACGAACGCGAACGGCGCGUUGCUGCUCACCUGGUUCUUGGACACCUGCACGUUCCCCCGUCGACGCACCGUCCUCGCUCCGCGCCUAGUCCCGCAUCUCGUCCACCUCUGCACCCACAAGGUAGCCUAUCUCACGGUCCUGAAACUCAUCAACCAGCGGAACGAGCCCGACGCGCGCGACACGAUCCUCCAAGCGCUGUUCUUCUCCCCCAACGACAAGGUCCUCGACGACAUCCUCAGCGACCAGGCGUGCGGCGCCACCCUCAUCUUCAAGGUCCUCACCACCCCGUUCUUCGACGAGAAGAUCCGCGCCGACGUCGUCGCCAACGUGCGCAACGUCCUGCUGCGCAUCAAGGCCCAGCCGCAACAGGGGUACAAGCGCCUCAUGGACGAAGUCGGCCUGUCCACCCGCACGGGUGGCCCUGCUCGCGACGCCCCCCUCCGCGAGCCCGCCGAGCACACCCGCCCGGGAUCCAACCAUGGCGCGCACGUCAACCCGCACCCACCGGACACCCGAUCCAUGUACGCGCCGCCGAAUGGGUACGCCCCCAUGGGCCUCGAACGCACGGGCAGCAUGGACUCCAACCAAUUCGAAGCGACCUUCCCCCUCACCGUCAACACGAUGAACGGACCAAUGUACUCCAACGCCGCCAACCUCCCCCUCGCUGCCAUGACCCCCCAGUCCGGCAUGCCCUACCCCCCCGCCAUGAUGCCCAACAUGUCCCACUCCCCCCGCCCAGGCCCCGGGGCGCCUUACUACCCCACCGUCGACCUCAACGGCUACCCCACGCCCACUACCCCCAUGAAUCCCCACCAGUUCCGCGGCCUGUCUGGCAGCCCCGCCGGGGCACCUGGGAUGCCGAUGGGGGGGAGCCCGAUGCUACCGCAGACGGGAUUCCCCCCGGGAGGGUAUGGGGGGAAUAUGAUAGGGAGCCCGGGGAUGUAUGCGGGGUAUCAGAUGCAGUAUAUGCCGGGGCAGCAGGCCCAGCAGGCGGGAGGUGCGAGGAGAGGACGGGUGAGUCGAUGA